AAAAACCCCCACCUUUUUCCAUCCUUUCUCUUCCAACCAAGCUCCACCACAAUGCUUCUCCUCCUCCUCCUCCUCGUCUCCUCCUCCACCGCCAUCUCCAUCCUCCCCAACUCCUCCAUCGCCGUUCCAGACCCCGAUGCCGUCGCCGAUCAUCUCCACAGGCAGGUCGAGCUCGCCCAUCGCCGUGCGCUCAUCGAGUCCAAAGAUCAACAAUGUUUCACCGGAAACCCCAUUGACGAUUGCUGGCGCUGCGCCGGCACGGACUGGCGCGCUGACCGGCAGCGCCUCGCCGAGUGUGGCCUUGGCUUUGGCCGUGAUGCUCUCGGCGGCAAGAACGGCCAGUUCUAUGUCGUCACUGACUCCUCCGACCCCGAUCCCGUCAAUCCCCGUCCCGGCACUCUGCGCUACGCCGCCAUCCAAGACGAUCCUCUCUGGAUCACCUUCGCCGCCGAUAUGACCAUCCAUUUAUCCGAGGAGCUCCUUGUCAAUAGCUUCAAAACCAUCGACGGCCGUGGCGCCGAUGUCCACAUCGCCGGCGGUGCUUGCAUUACUCUCCAAUACGUCUCCAAUGUCAUCAUCCACAACAUCAACGUCCACCACUGCGUCCCUGCCGGCAACGCCAACGUCCGCGCCACACCGACCCACGCUGGCUACCGUUCCCGCUCCGAUGGCGACGGCAUCUCGAUCUACGGAGCUCGCAAGAUUUGGAUCGACCAUUGCUCGCUCUCUUCCUGCGCCGAUGGCCUCAUCGACGCCAUCAUGGGAUCCACCGGGUUAACCAUUUCCAACAACUACUUCUCCCACCACAACGACGUGAUGCUUCUCGGCCACAGCGACGAUUACCUUCCGGAUUCCGCGAUGCAAGUCACCAUCGCCUUCAAUCGCUUCGGCGAGGAGCUUGUUCAGCGUAUGCCGAGGUGCCGGCGAGGGUAUAUCCACAUCGUCAACAAUGAUUUCACUCAAUGGGAGAUGUACGCCAUUGGAGGCAGUGCAAACCCUACAAUCAACAGUCAGGGUAAUCGCUACACUGCUCCAUCCAAUCCCAAUGCAAAAGAGGUAACAAAGAGAGUGGAUACUGAGGAUGGGCAAUGGGAAGGAUGGAACUGGAGAUCGGAAGGGGAUGUGAUGGUAAAUGGGGCGUUCUUCGUUGCGUCUGGGGCUGGGGUGGGGGCUAAGUAUGGCCUGGCAUCGAGCGUGGAGCCGAAGUCCGCGGCGCUCAUUGACCAGCUCACCAGGAAUGCCGGUGUCUUUGGUGGGACAAGAGAAGCUAGUGACGGGGGUGGGUCAAGUUCCGGGGCUGCCUCCGGGGCUGGGAAGGCCAGCGGCGGUGAAGCCGGAGGCGGAGGCGGAUAUGGAUACCUUGGCAUGUAUUUUGCGAGUAGUGCACCGACAUUUUGUCAUUGCUACAACCUAAUGCGACUUAUUUCGGCUUUUUUAAUCGGAAAGAGUUGUAUUUUCACCUUUCCAAGAUUACAAGAUAAGGGAGAUUUGUCGUUGUGGGGGCUAUUAUCUUGGGUGCACAUGUUAGGAUAGACCAUUAUUGGUCCGGGUGUCAGCCCGUUCGAUAUAGUAUAUUUAUGAAGGGUUAUUAAGCCACUAUAAUCGAGGUAUCUCUGUAUUUGUCUAUCUUUUUUAUAAUUCUUUUAUGGGGCA